UGGAAUGCCUUGUUGAAUACUCUCACUAACCUCAAAGUUUGAUCAAAUUAUUUGAAAUGACAAAAAAUUGACAUGUUCCCUAGAUAAAUAAAUAACAUAAUGAAUGAAGAUGAUUUCGAUGAAAACGACUCAAAUUCAAAAUACUCUCAUGAACAGAAAGUUGUAGCAGCUGUAUGGGUACAUGAAAAGGAGUAUAAUAACCAGACAUGGAAAGAUAUUCACAAUAAUUUUAUGAUUAGAUUCAAUAUGAAGCCUCCAAAUAGGUCAACUUUGUUGAACUGGGAAAAAAAAUUGUUUCAAUUAGGUCACGUAGAUGAUAAAGAGAAAUCAGGCAGGCCUUUGUCCCGGCUCAUGCAUGUUCCUUAUGUCAAGGCUUCAUUGGAAGAAUCACCAAGGUUAUCACUCAGAGAACGAUCCAAAAUUCUUGGGUUACCACGAACCACACUCUUGAAAAUAAUUCGAGAAGAUUUGAAAAUGGAAUUUGAACCUGAACAAGAUGAAGACGAACAACCUUCAUUCCACAAGAAGCAUGCUCCCUACACUGCGGGACAGUGGAAAAAGAGAGAAGAGACUGUAGUUAAACUGGACGAGAAAUCACACAAAUUCAUGGAUUCAUCUGAAUAUAAUCCAAUCUCAUGAAGGAAUGUGCAUUGUUUAUUUGUGAUAGAUGGGUUUUAUACCUUGAUUAAAUUUUA